UUGAAAGAAUUUCCAUAAUCGUGAUUUUAUUUAACUGUAUUACACUUGGCAUGUAUCAACCAUGUGUAGAUGACGAGUGUAAACACAACAAAUGUAAAAUUUUGGAAGUUUUUGAUGACAUUAUAUUUGCAUUCUUUACUCUCGAAAUGACAAUCAAAAUCAUUGCAAUGGGCUUUUGUGGUGCAGGAACAUAUAUAGCAGAUUCUUGGAAUAGACUUGAUUUUUUCAUAGUUAUGUCGGGUGCUUUGGAAUACUGCCUUCAAAUUGAAAAUCUGAAUUUAACAGCAAUAAGGACAAUUAGAGUCUUAAGACCUUUGCGUGCAAUCAAUAGAAUACCUAGUAUGCGAAUAUUAGUUAUGCUUUUACUGGAUACCUUACCGAUGCUUGGAAACGUGCUCCUACUUUGUUUCUUUGUUUUCUUCAUUUUCGGAAUCGUUGGUGUUCAACUUUGGGAAGGAAUCCUAAGACAGCGAUGUGUACUGAAACUACCACCACAUGUGUCAAUGCCAGAUAUUCCUUUGUUCUAUGAAAUAUCCAAAGAAAUUGACUACAUAUGUACUAAGCCUGAAGACUCUGGAAUGCAUAUGUGCAACAAUUUACCGCCGCUUCAAAUCGGCAAAACAAUUUGUAAUGACACACCAGCUCCUUUUUCUUUGAAUCUCCCUAAGAAGGAUAGCUGCGUAAAUUGGAAUAAUUAUUAUACCAACUGUACUCAAUUGGGAGGAAAUCCCUUUCGCGGAACAAUAUCGUUUGAUAAUAUAGGUUUAGCUUGGGUCGCAAUAUUUUUGGUGAUUUCUCUAGAAGGAUGGACGGAUAUUAUGUAUUAUGUACAAGAUGCCCACAGCUUCUGGGACUGGAUUUAUUUUGUCCUCCUCAUUGUGAUUGGAUCCUUUUUCAUGAUAAACUUAUGUUUAGUAGUUAUUGCUACGCAAUUUUCAGAAACAAAAAAACGAGAAAUGGAGCGAAUGCGACAAGAAAGAGCACGAUUUACAUCUUCAUCUACUAUAGCAUCAAGUGCUAACAACUCUGAACCAACAAGUUGUUAUGGAGAAAUUAUAAAGUUAAUAGGACACUUGUACAGAAAGUUUAAAAGAAGAGCGAUAAGUAGAUCUAAUUUUAUUAGGAAUUGUAUAAACUGGUGUAACGAAGCUACAGAUGAAAAAGAUAAAGAUAAACAAAAUAACUGUCCUCUUCAUAAAAAUAGUAAUCCAGAAGGAAAAUUACGAAUUAAACUUCCACCAAGCUAUGCACAUGUCAUCAGCAAGUUCUCUGUGGAGGGUAGAACAAUAGAUCUGAGUAAUGGUAUGAAUCACAACAAAAUCGAGCCAAAAAAGGAAAAAUCAAGAACCCUUAUUUUAUUGAAACUUCCCAACCAAAUUGAAGCUGCCAAUCUUGCUCAACAUUUAAAGGCCUUGGAUGCCAGCAAAAUGCCACAAAAACGUCGUUCUUCGGUUCUUUUUAAUGAAUAUGUUAUACUUAACGCUCCAGUGGAAAACAACGAAAGCACAAAGAAGUCCGAUUCUUUAAGAGACGAUCAGACUUUAGAUAAGAUAAGUUCAUCAAAUGGACCUCAAUGGAAAAUAUACGACUUGGAUUCAACUGAAAAAAGAUUCAAUAUAUUAGAUUGGCAAAAUAGUAAUGCGAACAUUUUAAGCUGCCAAGAAUUGCUUGCCUUUUCUGUUGCAUUUUCGGCAGCGUUGUUGACAAACCGAUCCAUGCUUGAAUGUUUCCAUACUGUUGUUGUUAAAAAAUACAAAACCGAUGAAAAAGUAUCAUUAAAAAACUCUAUUCAAAAUCGAUUUACGUUAUUCAAAUGGUCGCCUAAAUUUCCUAAGAGAUCUAUAUUAUGUUCUUUUUCGUGUAUUUUUAAUUGCUUAACAAUUUUUCGACGGUGUGUUAACAAAAUUGUAGACCAUAAAUAUUUCCAACAAGGAAUUUUAUUGGCCAUAUUAAUAAACACUUUAAGCAUGGGUAUUGAGUAUCACAAUCAGCCAGAAGAGCUUACUUCAAUCGUAGAAACAAGCAAUAUUAUAUUUUCAUGCAUUUUUGCUGUUGAAAUGCUUUUAAAAUUGAUUGGAGAGGGACCAUUUAAAUAUAUUUCAAACGGUUUUAAUCUAUUCGAUGGAAUAAUAGUAAUUUUAAGUGUUAUUGAAAUAUGUCAAGCAGGACUAGGAGGUCGAGAGGCGAAUUCUGGAUUAAGCGUUUUAAGGACUUUUAGACUACUUCGUAUUUUAAAAUUGGUUCGGUUUAUGCCGAACUUACGAAGGCAGUUGUUUGUCAUGUUGAGGACUAUGGAUAAUGUUGCUGUUUUUUUUUCACUAUUAGUUUUAUUCAUUUUCAUAUUCAGUAUUCUCGGUAUGUAUUUAUUUGGUGGUAAAUUCUGUAAAUAUGUUGAUGGUAGUGAAGAACGAGAUUGUAAUUGCUUGGAAAUAGUGCAAAACGAUCCACUUUGUGAAUGUGACCGAAAACACUUUAACAAUAUUCUUUGGUCAACAGUUACAGUAUUUCAGAUAUUGACACAAGAAGAUUGGAACGUUGUUUUGUUUAAUGGAAUGGAAAAAACAUCUCACUGGGCUGCUCUGUAUUUUGUGGCUCUAAUGACUUUUGGUAACUAUGUCCUUUUCAACUUGUUAGUUGCAAUAUUAGUAGAAGGCUUUAGUUCUGAGAGAAAUGAAAGAAGAGAGAGAGAACAAAGAGAAUUCAUAAAAGCUAGAUUGAAAGAAGAAAGAUUGCAAGAGGAAUUGAACCAAAUGUUUGAAAACAAAUCUGUUUUAUGUGGUAAUGAAGAGAAUUUAGUGACAACGCAAAAUGUGAUGAACACCUCUAGUGCUCCAGUAAUUAUUACAACCUCAGCAACACCUGUUGAUUCACCUGUUUUGAGUAGUCAAGAAGAAGAUAACAACUAUAAUCUGAAUUUCUUACAAUUACCAACUUUUAACUCAAUAAAGUCAGAGAACGGACUACAUUUUAAAGAAAAUUAUGGCAAUCAAUACAAAACUAAUAUUUUUCCAACGGAUAACAAAACAAAACUUAUUGAGAAAAACAACAGCAAUGACAAAAAUGAUCAUCAUCGAAGUACAAUGAACACAAAUAUUUUGAUCAAAAACCUGGAAGAAAAGAAACUGCAUGUGAGUCCUCUAUUAAUAAAACAAACAGCUAAUGAAAAUAUUCAAAGAGACCUAAGCAGUUUGAGUACGUUGGAUAAGUAUGAAUCACCAAAAAUAAGCAGUAUUGACUUAUGCAAACAAAGGCCAAUGCUGAAUUUAAAAAAUUUGCAAGAUGUCUUAGAAAGCAAUUCAGAAACUAAUAUAGAAAAAUCAAAAACAUUUCUCGACAACUUACCACAGAUUCGAACUUUACUAGAAAACCGACAAGAUUUUUCAUUGUAUUUAUUUCAUGAAAAUAAUAAGUUUAGGAAAACUUGUACUUGGAUUAUUAAUCAAAAAUGGUUCGAUAAUGUUGUUCUGCUGUUUAUUGCACUUAAUUGCAUAACACUUGCAAUGGAGCGACCAAACAUUCCUCCCACAUCUACAGAAAGAGCGUUCCUUCAAACUGCAAACAACGUUUUUACUACUGUGUUUUCUAUAGAAAUGUUUAUAAAGGUUGUCUCAACCGGAAUGUUUUAUGGGAAAGGAGCAUAUUUUACGUCUGGUUGGAAUAUAAUGGAUGGCUCAUUGGUGUCAAUUUCAAUAAUAGAUUUACUUAUGUCUCUAAUAAGUGAUUCUAGCCCAAGAAUUUUUAAUAUCUUAAGGGUUUUCAGAUUGCUGAGGUCUUUAAGACCUUUGAGAGUAAUAAACCGCGCUCCCGGCUUAAAAUUGGUUGUACAAACACUUUUAUCAUCCUUACGUCCUAUCGGUAACAUUGUCCUGAUUUGUUGCACUUUUUUCAUCAUAUUUGGCAUAUUGGGAGUACAACUUUUUAAGGGAACAUUUUAUCACUGCGAAGGAACAAAUAUUAAAGAUGUCGUUAAUAAAACCCAAUGUCUUGAAAGAGAAGGAAACGCUUGGAUCAAUCGAAAAUACAAUUUUGAUGAUUUGGGAAAAGCAUUAAUGUCACUCUUUGUUUUAUCUUCAAGAGAUGGUUGGGUUAACAUAAUGUACACUGGAUUAGACUCAGUUGGUAUUGAUAUGCAACCUAUAGUAAACUACAAUGAAUGGCGGUUACUAUAUUUUAUUUCUUUUAUAUUGUUGGUUGGAUUUUUUGUUUUGAACAUGUUUGUUGGAGUUGUCGUAGAAAACUUUCAUCGCUGUCGUGAGGAACAAGAAAAAGAAGAGAAAAUGAGACGUCUUGCUAAAAGAGCUUUACAAAUUCAAAAACAUAAAAAACGUCGGAGUCAGCCACCAUAUUUUGCUUCUUAUAAUGCAACUCGCCUAUUUAUACAUAGUGUAGUGACAAGCAAAUACUUUGAUUUGGCCAUAGCAGCAGUUAUUGGUUUAAAUGUUGUUGGAAUGGCACUGGAAUAUUAUAUGAUGCCAAUUGCGUUAGAAUACACAUUAAAGAUUUUUAAUUAUUUUUUCACUGCGGUUUUCAUUGUUGAAGCAGUCAUGAAGCUUUGCGCUCUUGGUCCAGUAAUCUAUUUGAAAGAUAAGUGGAAUCAAUUAGAUGUGUUCAUUGUAUUAUUAUCAAUAAUUGGAAUUGUGUUGGAAGAACUAGAAACUAAUAUUAUUCCAAUAAAUCCAACCAUUAUCAGAGUGAUGCGAGUUUUGAGAAUCGCACGCGUCCUAAAGCUUUUAAAAAUGGCUAAAGGGAUUCGGGCAUUACUAGACACAGUUUGUCAGGCUUUACCACAAGUCGGUAAUCUAGGAUUGCUAUUUUUCCUGUUAUUUUUUAUCUUCGCCGCUCUUGGGGUGGAACUUUUUGGACGAUUGGAGUGUACAGAUGAAGUACCUUGCCAAGGUUUAGGAGAGCAUGCUCAUUUUGCAAACUUUGGAAUUGCAUUCUUGACAUUAUUUAGGAUUGCAACUGGUGACAAUUGGAACGGAAUCAUGAAAGACACGUUACGGGAUGAUUGCGAUGAUACAGCAGAUUGUGUAAAAAAUUGUUGUGUGAACCAUGUUGUGGCCCCAAUAUUUUUUGUUAUAUUUGUCCUUAUGGCACAAUUUGUUCUUGUCAACGUCGUAGUUGCUGUUUUGAUGAAGCAUUUGGAGGAAAGUCAUAGGCAAUUAGAAGAUGAUGAACUUGAUGAAUUAGAACGAAUACUUGAGGCUGAAUUAGCGUAUAAUGGUAUUAAUCCAUGUAUGGGUUUCAAUUCAAUUUUGAAGACUCCUAACGAAAACGUUAGUCCAAUUAAAAAAGUUAAUUCCUUACCAGAUUGUACGAUAGCAAAUACAAGCACCACGAAAGAUUCUAAUCUCUUGUCUCAAAAAUUGAAUAUUAACACAAACUCAAAAAAGAAUCAGACAAAUGUGGAAUUAAGUAGCUUAAAUAAUAAUACUACGAGUAUCUCAAAAUCGAAUCAUAUGAAAAGCAAAAUUAAAUCAAAUAAAAUGAAUGACGAUGAAAGCUCACUUCUUUUACCACAAAAAAAGAUUUGUGGUGUAAAUAGUCCUUAA